CUACAUAAAGACGACGCACCGCUUACUUCCUUCCAUUCAUUCAUCACUCUCCCUCUCCCUCUUCCCUCUCCGCCGAUCCCGACCGUCCGUUCCGGAUGGCCGACCAACCGCGACGAUUCACCGUCGGCUACGCGCUCCUCCCCAAGAAGCAGAGCAGCUUCAUCCAGGGCCCGCUCCUCGCCGCCGCCGACUCCCGCGGCAUCGACCUCGUCGCCGUCGACGACCGCCGCCCGCUCGCCGAGCAGGGCCCCUUCGACUGCGUCCUCCACAAGAUCCACAGCGAGGACUGGACCCGCCAGCUGCGCGAGUUCGCCUCCCGGCAUCCCGGCGCGGCGGUCGUGGACCCGCCGGACGCGAUCGAGCGGCUCCACGGCCGGGUCGCGAUGCUCCAGGGGGUGUCGGAGCUCGAGAUCGAGUGUCCCGAGGGGGCGUCGUUCGGGGUCCCCGUUCAGGUGGUGGUCAACGAUCGGGAGAUGCUGCUGGAUGCGCGAUCGUGCGAGGGCUUGGCGUUCCCGGUGAUCGCGAAGCCGUUCGUCGCCAACGGGAGCACCAAGUCGCACGAGAUGUCCCUGGUGUUCAACCGCGGCGGCUUGAGCAAGCUCCGGCCCCCGAUCGUGCUGCAGGAGUUCGCGAACCACGGCGGGGUCGUGUUCAAGGUGUACGUGGUCGGGGGGUACGUGCAGUGCGUGAAGCGCACGUCGUUGCCCGACGUUUCGGAGGAGCAGCUGGGGUGUCCGGAAGGGUUGAUGCCGUUCUCGCAGGUGUCGAAUUCGGCGAUCCGCGAGAAGGACGGGGACGAGCCUCGCGGGGAGGCGACGGGAUUGGAGGAGGCGGAGAUGCCUCCCCGGAGUUUGAUCGUGGAGCUUGGCAGGGGUUUGAGGGGGGCUAUGAAGUUGAAUUUGUUCAACUUCGAUGUGAUAAGGGAUGCUAAAAAUAGGGACAGGUACUUGGUGAUUGAUAUCAACUAUUUUCCUGGAUUUUCAAAGAUGCCGGGCUAUGAGACUGUUUUCGCUGAUUUCUUGUGGGAUGUGGUUCACAAGAAUGAGAAGGAUGAGGUGAAGUAUCUGGAGAAUGAAAAUUGCCCUUCGAAGGGUUGAUUCGAUGUGCAACCUGCGCAUGCUUGCGAUGAGGAAUUAAUAAAAGCGUGCGCAAACUGCAAUUGUCUGCGGUUGAAGAUGGGGACGAAGGAAAAUCUUCCAGUUCUGUUGACGAAUUGGAAGAUUAGUUGAAGAUUCCUCAGCUGGAAAUUGAGCAGCUCUGUUCUUUUUUUCAGCUGUUGUAGAGUCUAAAACAGAACAACCGGAAGAUGUGUUAUCGGGAUCUCUUGGGGCUCGGGGAAGGUGGGAGCUCAAAUGGGUCUGGGAAUUGAAAAUUAUCACAUGGACCCCAAGUCAUAUAUGGACUGGAUCUGUCACCAACUGCUGAUGAUCCUGUAGGUCCUGUGGAAAUCCCACCUGUGUUUCACAGGAUUCCAACAGUAGGCAAAUAUUUCCCAAGCUUUUGGCGAGGCAGCUCGUGGUGGGUUGAGACAAAGGCAGAUAUGCCCAUUGGUUUGAUAUGCUCUUAGCUGUUUUUAGCGAAACAGUUGCUUCUCACGAGAUCAGUCUUGGUUCUGCCACGUGUCCUAUGCUUGCGGGAUAUGACCUGGGCAUGCUUGUGAUGAGUAAGGAAUAAAAGCAUGUGCAAACUGCAAUUGUCUGUGGUUGAAAAUGGCGAUGAAGGAAAGCUUCCGGUUUGAUUGAACUCGAGCCUGGCAGAGUGGAUUGAAAAACCAUUGUGCUGGGCUCUUUUUGCCGCUGCCAAUGGAGGUCAGUUGAAGAUUCCUCUACUGGAUAUUGAAACUUAUGAUUUAUGGAGAUUACAUCGAAGUCAUUCAACGACUUUUAAGCUAUCCUCGGUUAUGUUGCUGCAAUUACAUUCUCAUGAUCCUCUUCCACGCCUCCCUGCAUGUGUUAAACAAUUGCAGAGCAGCUCUGUUCUUUGCUUCAGCCGCUGUUCAGUCUAAAACAGAACGACCAGAAGAUGUGUUAUCGGCGUCUCUUGGGAGCUCGGGGAAGGUGGGAGCUCAAAUGGGUCAGGGAAUUGAAAAUUCUCGCAUGGACCAGGAGUCAAAUGUGGAUCGAAUCGGUGACCAAACCGCUGAUGAUCCUGUAGGUCCCAUGGGAAUCGCACCUGGGUUUCCGCAAGAUUCAAACAGUCGGCAAGAAUUUCCCGAUCUUUUGGCGAGGCAGCUCGUGGUGGGUCGAGACAAGGGCGGAUAUGCCCAUUGGUUUUAUAUGCUGUUAGCCGUUUUAUAGCGAAACGGUUGCUUCCCACGAGAACAGUUCUGGUUCCGCUCCGCGUCCUAUGCUUGCGGGAUACGGAAGACGGCGCUUUCGGUGGUCAAAAUUGCUUGCUGUUGGUUUUGUGAUCCCCGGCCGACCAAUACAGAGAAGAAGUCGUCCCCCUCUGUUUAGCCGAAAACCUUUGGCUUCGAGCGGUUUCGCCGCAUGAUUGAUAGGCUAAACCGGCCAUGGAUCCCGAAGACACCUCACCUAAUAUUUUCUUCCUUUGGGGUCCCACGUAAAUUCACAAUCGAAGAAAAGUGCUGUGGCAUUCUCCAUCAAAUCAAAUCAAAUCGACCAGUGUUCUAGACAUUCUGGGAUUUUUCACUUAUGGCCCUCAUUGGGGGGGGUGGUCCGGCGAGCAAUUACUACAACAAUUGCUUUCGGUCACUGAUUGUAUGUCGACAACUCAAAGUGAGCCUGCACUUUCCCAUGUGGCCACUGGCAAAGUGCCGGUGCGGAUUUCUCGAGGCCUUUGACCUCGAGUAGAUGUAUCAUCAAUGAAGCUGAGCUGCACCUCAUGGCCACCCGUGGCCAUUAAAACCUGGCAAAAGGAAGGAAAAGAAAAGUCACGAAACUUUCAAUGAACCAGUGAGAUGGGGAGUUCGUUUGA